GUACAACAACAGAGUUAUAUAUGCGCAGACGAUCGGCUCUAUAAGCGAGAUGGCUCGAUGUUACGUGCACGAUCAUCUUACUGCUGGUGAUCUAGUUCAAUGGAUAUGGGGAUCGCUUCAACAUACGCAUGUACUCCCGGGUUUGCUUUGAUGCUUCGAGGAUGGGGUUUGUUGUCGCCUUUGUGCAAGAGUACCGCUCCGAGAAGUCGCUCGAGGCAUUGAAUAAGCUGGUUCCUCAUCACUGCCAUGUUAUUCGAGAUGAUACCCAGACAUCGACUCUUGCAAGCCAGCUUGUCCCCGGUGAUCUUGUCAAGUUUGGCAUCGGUGACCGAAUUCCAGCAGAUUGCCGAUUGGUGACAGCCGUAGAUCUUGAGAUUGAUGAGUCAAAUUUGACCGGUGAGAAUAAGCCCUGCCGCAAGCAAACAGAGGUGAUCGUUGGAAACGAAUACACAGAGCUAUCGAUCACAGAGCGCAGGAACAUUGCAUACAUGGGCACUCUGGUCAGGAAUGGCCACGGAACAGGCAUUGUGGUCGGUACUUCCAAGGAGACCGAGUUUGGAAUUGUCUUCUGUAUGAUGCAGGAAGUCGAGGUCAGGAAGACGCCUUUGCAGCUGAGCAUGGAUGAGUUGGGAAAGAAGCUGUCGAUGUUGUCGUUUGUCAUUAUCGGAGUCAUUGUCUUGAUCGGAUUGUUCCAAGGAAAGCACUGGUUGGAGAUGAUGACUAUUGGUGUUAGUUUGGCUGUUGCUGCCAUCCCAGAGGGUCUCCCCAUUGUUGUCACUGUUACUCUGGCACUGGGUGUCCUGAGAAUGGCGAACCGCAAAGCCAUUAUCAAGAAGCUGCCUAGCGUUGAAACACUCGGCUCUGUGAACGUCGUUUGCGCGGAUAAGACAGGAACGUUGACCAUGAAUCAAAUGACUGUGACCAAAGUCUUUACCCUUGCGGAGGGAUUCCCAGUGGAUCUAGAACAUACAAAGGGCGUUGAUGUGGACCUUCAUCCUGGAUUGCGCCGCCUGCUUCAAGUCGGAAAUCUCUGCAACGAUGCUUUUCUGGAUGAACGCUCAAAAUGGAUUGGUCAACCUACGGAUAUUGCUUUGAUUGACAUCCUCCGAGCGCUGGGAGUUGCCGAUGAACGGCCUCUCUUUGAACGUCUUGCAGAGUUCCCCUUCAACUCUGAUCAAAAGUUUAUGCAUGUUCGCUGCGCUCCUAACCCUGAUGGAAUCCAAGGCCAUAAGCAAACGCCUGAACACGCUAUCGAGGCCACCAACGCCGCAGUCAGCCAAAACGGGUCGUUAGGCGCAUUCUACUUCAAGGGCGCCAUUGAACCCGUUCUGGAACGCUGCAUCAACUAUUACAGAAGCGAGGGCAACUAUCUUCCCUUGGAUAUUGAGGCCAAGGACAAGGUUCUGGCUCAGGCUAACGAGAUGGCCAGCCACGGAUUGCGUGUACUGGCCAUGGCAUUCGGUAAUGAUCUCGAGCACUUGACGUUUGUCGGAAUUGUGGCCAUGCAUGAUCCCCCACGUCCCGGUGUGGAAGACAGUAUCCGGACCUUGAUUGGCAGUGGUGUGAAGGUGGUCAUGAUUACUGGAGACGCCGAUGCGACUGCCCUCUCCAUUGCACGACGACUUGGAUUCCCUAUCAAUCCCGGCAAAUCUUCGUGUUUGACUGGACCUGAGAUCGAGGCUAUGACUGAGCGACAGCUGCAGGACGCAGUCGGCGCUGUGUGUGUCUUCGCCCGUACGACACCUAAGCACAAGAUGGCGAUUGUGUCUGCUUUCCAGGCGAAGGGAUCCAUCGUGGCGAUGACAGGAGACGGUGUGAACGAUGCCCCUGCUUUGAAGCUGGCGGAUAUUGGUAUCUCGAUGGGCAGGAGCGGAACAGAUGUUGCCAAGGAAGCCGCCGAUAUGAUUCUUGUGGACGACGACUUUUCUACCAUUCUUGGCGCAGUCGAAGAAGGCAAAUCCAUUUUUUACAACAUCCAAAACUUUUUGACGUUUCAGCUGAGCACGAGCGUGGCCGCACUGACGCUGAUUGCCAUGGCGACUCUUUUUGGACUGGACAACCCCCUGAACGCUAUGCAAAUUCUCUGGAUCAAUAUUUUGAUGGACGGUCCACCAGCGCAGUCUCUUGGAGUGGAGCCAGUGGAUGAUGAUGUGAUGAAGAAGCCCCCUCGUGCCCGGAAAGCACCCAUUCUGACACGUCUGCUUAUCCGGCGCGUAUUAACAUCGGCGAUGAUCAUUGUCGCAGGCACAAUGUUCGUGUAUGUGCAUGAGAUGACGGACGGCAGUGUUACAGCGCGCGAUACGACGAUGACGUUCACAACGUUUGUGUUCUUUGACAUGUUCAACGCACUGGCGUGUCGGUCCGAGAAGAAGUCUGUGUUCAACAUUGGGUUCACGACGAACAAGAUGUUCAACUUUAGUGUGAUGGGAUCGAUUAUCGGGCAGUUUCUGGUGAUCUACAUGCCGUUCUUCCAGACAGUGUUCCAGACGGAGGCCUUGACGUUCACGGACCUGCUUGGGAUUACGCUAUUGACCAGCUCUGUAUUCUGGGCAGAUGAGGCUCGCAAGUUCUUCUCGGCACGUGAGAGCCAGAAGAGGCACGGACGGAAUGCGGGUCAGGGCUUUAGACGGGUCAACACAGAGGAAGGCGAGGCCUUUGAGAUUGUCUAGACGGCCAGUAGCAAAAAAAAAAUAAGACACUGUUUAACCUAAUUAAUAAAAUAGCCUUUUUUUUCUUUUUAUCAGUCAUAUAUACUACGUGGUGCAGA